AUGGGCUCAAGCUCAAAUAAUGGAGCAGUCUUGUCUUGUGGUACUUGUGGGGCUACACAUUCAACUGUACAAUGCCCUAUCUCUAUUUCCUCCACAGGGCCUGUUGAGACAGUGGAUUAUGUUGGCGGUGGUCAGAGGGGCCAAGGAAACGCAUACGGUCCCACAUUUAAUUCAGGGUGGAGGAAUCACCCCAAUUUUUCAUGGAAUUCGGGGCCACAAGAGAAUCCAAGGGAGCACCUCAAGGCCGUCACUAUUAGGAGUGGGAGACCGUUGGAGGCAAGAGCCGAGGAUUUCUCAAGUGCCAAGAAGGAUGGGGUGACCAUUUUGGAAGACCCCGAAGUGGCUAAGCCGGAAAAGAAGGACACUCAGUACAAAAAGUUCCUCAACAUGUUCAAGCAGCUUCAUAUAAAUAUUCUACUCGUUGAGGUAUUGGCCGGAAUGCCUAAGUACGCCAAGUUCAUGAAAGACCUUCUUACCAAUAAGAGGAAGCUUGAAGAGCUUGAGACAAUGGCACUCCCUAGGAAUUGUUCCGCAAUGAUUCAGACGAAGCUUCCAAAGAAGUUGACUGACCCUGGGAGCUUCAUCAUCCCUUGUAUGAUUAGGGAGGGCAUGCAAGAGAAAGCACUGGCCGACUCUGGGGCCAACAUUAAUGUAAUGCCAUACAAGUUGUUCUUGAAGUUGGGAUUAGAGGAUUUGAGGCCCACAAGAAUGACGGUGCAACUUGCAGAUCGAUCGAUAAGGAAGCCCAGGGGUGUUGUUGAAGAUAUACUUGUGAAGGUGGAUAAACUCAUCAUUCCUGUGGACUUUGUGAUACUUGAUGUGGAUGAUGACGUUCAUAUCCCACUGAUCCUUGGGCGCCCAUUCCUUAAUACUUCUGGUGCUCUCAUUGAUGUAAAAGGAGGGAGAAUGAUUCUCAGAGUGGGAGAGGAGAAAGUCGUUUUUACACUUCGUGAAGCAAUGAGGCAAACCUUGGAUCAUGAUGACCCCUUAUAUUUUACCUAUGAAACUGAUAUGGUCAUCUCUGAUUGUAUGCAGGAAGUUUUGGCUAUGAACCCAUUGGAUGAAUAUCUGGAAGAAGUGGGCAACAAGGAGGAUAAGAUGAAGGUCCAUGUUUCCCCUCCAAUGCAGCAUGUAAGCUAUGUGGGAACAGAUCCACCACCAAGUCGUAAAAAGAAGAAAAACAUGAAGAAGAUGUGGUGCAAGGUGAACAAAAAGCUAAAGGAGGGAACGACAGUCACGCUAACGCCACCAAGGGAGGUAGACCGUCUUUACUUUGAGGGGAAAGGCAAGUUUUGA